AUGAGUUUACUCGCAAUCCCGAGUAAACUGAAGAGUGUACCAGACCAGGAGGUGAGAAUUCUUCUCCUGGGCUUGGCUAAUGCUGGCAAAACUACACUCGUGAAGCAGCUUGCAUCUGAAGACAUCAGUCACGUGACACCUGCACAGGGCUUUAACAUCAAAAGUGUACAGUCACAACGUUUUAAACUGAAUGUCUGGGACACUGGUGGACAGAGGAAAAUCAGGCCAUACUGGAGGAAUUACUUUGAAAAUACGAAUGUGCUUACAUAUGUUAUUGACAGUGCAGACAGAGAACGAUUUGAAGAGACGGGUCAGGAACUAGCUGAAUUACUGGAUGAAGAAAAACUAAGUGGUGUCCCCGUGCUCAUCUUUGCUUACAAGCAGGAUUUGCUCACUGCAGCCCCUGCCUCAGAGAUUGCGGAAGGACUGAACCUACACACAAUCCGUGAGAGAGUCUGGCAGAUCCAGUCUUGCUUGGCACUAACAGCAGAAGGAGUACAGGACUGGCAUGAACUGGGUCUGCAAAAAUGUCAACGCUAA